UGACAGGCCAAAAUGGCACUGCAGCCAUUUCGCAAUGAACAGUUGAAUUAUUUUAAAUUCGCUUCCAUUGCUCUCAAUGAAUUCCCCAAGGCUUUACGUCAGACGUUUAAAUCUAUGUGGGACAACAACUUGAGACAUCUUCCCGGUCAUCAACCGUGGGAUGAUUCCGUUGCAGUGAGAAAUUUGUUUUUGACUUUUGAGGGUGGCCCUGGAAAAACCAAAGUUCCCACAAACCUCUCCUAUGAAGAAUGGGAUUGUACCAACCUGUUCCAGGCCACCAUCUACGCCAAUUCCUUUUCUAUGCCCGACAGUAGAGGUCAUCUCAAGACACUUGGUGAGCUACAUGUAAAACCUCGUAAACUGGCUCCUGGAGUAUUUCAUACGUCCGUGGUGAGCCCAGGAGGGGACAAUGCUGAAACUUUCGCCCUCGCCAUUGAUCAAUUGCGACUUCUACGAAAUGCACUUUGCCACUCGCACAGUUCUGAAAUUGAGAAAACUAAAUUUGAUCAUUACGUGCAGCUCGCUAAAGAUGCAUUUAAAGCCCUUGGUAUCAAGACUGACCAUGUUAAUGUUAUUGGUGGUUUAACAGAGUCAGAAUUUCCCACAGAUGAGGUUCGCAAAUUGGAGGAACGUCUAAAAGAAGAAUAUCUAGCUUAUGUAAGUUUUCUACAACAGCCACCGUAA